GGAGGAAGAGGGAGGGAUUGCCUGACUGAAAAUUCCGGCUGCCAGCCAGUGAGGUGGCCGCAAAAAACGAAUCAAAGGCAUAUACAUGCUCAAAAUAUCCGUAGACUACCUGCCAGAAAAUCAUCAGUCUUAAAUAACCUUCAGAAAAUCUAGUUGAUAACAUAAUUCAACACAAACUGAUAGUGAAAUAUCACCAACAUGGCUGAUUUUAGUAUUGAUCAGAAUAAACUACCUGGAGUUAAAGAAGUUUGCCGGGACUUUGCCGUGCUGGAGGAUCACACGCUGGCACACAGCCUUCAGGAGCAGGAAAUUGAGAGUCACUUGGCAUCCAACAUUCACAAGAGCCGCCUGGUCCAGCAGGAUCUGCAGGUGGCCAAACGACUGCAGGAGGAGGAGGAUCUCAGGGCCAAGGCCCAAAUCCAGAGGCAACACAAGGACAUAGAGCGGAGUGACAAUGAGAUUGCACAGGAGAUUCAGGAGCAGCUGGUCCGGCAGGCUGAGCAGCAACGGCAGCAGGAGGAGAACGAUGAAGCCAUAGCACGAAAGCUGCAGGAGAGGGAGAUGAAGGAGGAGAGGAAGCGGCAGAAGCAGCUGGAGGCCAACCUGGAGGAGGAGUACUAUGAGGAGAAAGGAGGGAGGAAGGUGCGAGGGGAUUAUGGCCUGAGGGAGGCAAUGCAGGAUAUGACUCACUUGGACCUGCGGGACCAGGAGCUGAAAGACCUGGAAGUGGCCAGGAGGUUACAGGAAGAGGAGCUAAAGGCUAGCAAGAAUGAUAAGAGAGCUGCUCAGGUUGCACAGGAUGAGGAGAUCGCUCGGUUACUAAUGGAGGAGGAAAGGAAGGUUUAUAAGAAGUCCAGAGAACGUGAGAAGCCGUGUAUGGAUAAAAGAAGGCCAGAGGGUGACUGGAAGCCACCCUCAGAGGAGGUGGUACGGCCCAGGUCACGGGAGGAGUUUGACCACCAGAGGCCUCGGAACCAUAAGCCUUCCAGGCCAUCCCCGCGCACACAUGACUACGAGAACGUGGACUCCAGCUAUGCCUACCCAGCCUCCCCCUACUCAGCCCGCUCCUCCUCCAGACCCGAAGCAACAUACAAAGGUUCCUACUACAGGCAGUGACCCUGGCCCUCUAGCACCCUUUGUCCAUCACUCUUAUUUUUUUUUUUUUUUUUUUUUUACUUUUACUUUCCAUUACAAGCUGUCAAAAAUUAUAUUUUCUGAGAAGGCAGUGGAAUUUCUCUACAUGCUUUGUGACUGACCUACUGAGGAGGGCAGCAGUUAAGAGGUGUGCUGCAACAACUGACCCUGUGCUCUUCGAUUCCUUUGGUUCCAUUGGACCAACACCAAGAAAAGUGAUUGGAGAGAAUCGUCCUAUAAUGUCCAUCCAAGGGGAAAAGGGAAGCUUUUUUUUCUUUGUCCUGCUGUUUGGCUGCGGAGGCUGUCUUCACCAUUGGGGCAACGUUGUGUCUCCGGCCCUGUCGGUGCUGUGUGUUCUCAGGCUUGGGUCAUUUGGGAUGUAUUCUUGUCACCACAAAGCCAAGCAUAGCCCCAUGUGCUCUCUAACAUAUCUUCUUCAAGCCUUUGCAGCGCUGUGCAACACCAGUCAACAGGCUUUUAAAAGACCUCACUGGACUGGUCCAAUAGUGCUGUACUGUGUACCCUUCAGUCCUAUGAAGGGCUACACUUCAUUGUUCUAUCUCAGUGCAAAAAAAAAAAUCUCAUGCUGUUUCAGGAAGCGUGAUUGUCUGACCACACAUCUAAUUCAUGGUAUUGUGCUCUAUGUGACAAGGGUGAGAAGGUGGUAAUGAGACAAGUGGACUGUUCCAUUUGGGAUCUCGGGGGGAUCACUCUGAUUCUUUACAGUGAGCAAGGAGCCCCCUACAGUGUUAAUGGACUACUCUCCAUUAUACUUUAACAGCAGUCCUCUGCAAUCUUAGUCUAUACAGGUACAUUUGCAAAGUGACCUCUAGGUUCAUGAUGUACUGAAAAAUGUUGUUUCACUGACAUGCCAUGAUUUCACAAGGGCAGCAAACUGAACAGGAUGCAACUGACAUUGUUGAUAUACAUAAAUUGGCUGCAGACAGUGUAUCCCCACAUUUUCCCAAUGCACUGUGUUUGUUGAUUUAAAAAAUUUCAUUGUUAUCAGUAGUUCUGAAACAGUGAAACAUUUAUUAGGGGCUGCAAAUCGUUUGUUUGCAGCCCCUAAUAAGAGGCUUAAGGGUGUUCUCCACGUAAAAUCUAGAUUUGUUUUUUAAUAUGCACAUAAUGUUAUCUUUGUGACAGAGAAUGAUGCUUUCAGUGCUGAGUUAGCAUGGACACAUAACUGCUGACAUAACUUGAAACAAGACAGCUCAGUCCAAAAUGUAAUGAGGAGUUACUGACAAUGAAAUUUCCACAACACAAAAUUUCUUACUAUGCCAAAAAAGCACAUCUCUGUGCUCAGACAUUUUUGUUCUAGCUGUUUGGAUUCUUAAAACUGAUCAGACUGAAACACACAGAGACAACAAAGACCCCUCUUCCUCUGUCUGACCCACUGCAGCAGCUUAGAGCUGCCAUAGUUCUAGUCAUUUCGACAGUUUAGAGGGUUAGGGUUAGGUGAAGAAAAACUGCUACUGAAUGCAUUCUCAGUAAAGGAUAAUGUCUCUUACAUGCUAAAUAGCACAUUGAAUGGUACAUUUUCAGCAGAGUCCCUUAAAGCACAGGACAAAAGACAUUUCUUACAAACAAGUGUAUACGCUUUCGAUCUGCUUUGUGCACAUGCUGGCAAGACAUCUAAUGGAACACGCAGCAGCCAUUCAGUUAAGUUAGCCGUGUGGCUGUGGGGCUGAUUUUCUUAGCUGGGAGUGCUCAGCGUUGGCCUUUGAGGAGACCCACAGCCAGCCAAAGCCCUCCUGCUUCUCCAUUCUUUACACUGAUGUCAUCAGACGAGGAUGACUGUGGGGAGCAGUCUAGUCUACUGGGGAUCUUUUUUUACUGUUUGAUUAUGCAUUUCUUCUAUGUUAUUCUUGUUUCCAACAGACAGUUUGCCACUGCAUUUUGUAUGUACAUCUUAAAUAUUUCCAUGUCCCAUGUUUACAAAUACGGGCUGGAAAAAUUCAAACUCUUCCACACAAACUGUUGUUUAAGCACAGGAACAUGUUUGUGUGUCUGUAUUAUUAAUUAUUAUCACUGUCACCUAAGGGAGCAGAGAUUGAAGUUAUAUCUGUAUGUCAGCUUAGUUAAUGACUAUCAUGCAUUUGUGCUUCUAAUAAUACAACGGUAUAUGUAUUUAAGGUGGACAGAUCAAUGUUAAUAUGUCAUUUUUGACAUGACUGUACCGCUUGUAAAUGAAAAGGCCACUUCCCUUGAUAAAUGAAGUUUCAGUGUAACAGGGAUAAGCUAAAAAUUGCAACAACAUUGCUGGCAAUUAGAGGGAGACCAAGUAAAAACACACUUACUGUGGUAUCAUAUGCAGUUGCAUUGUCUUUCAUCAGAUACUGUUACCAAAAUGUUUUGCACAAUCCUUUUUAUAAUGUUUUUUUUUAUUAAAUACAUGUUAUUAAAUACAUGUUGAACUAUUCCCUCCAUAAUCAGUAUGGAUCAUUAGCUAUUUUUUCCCUUGACCCCAUCUGUACCCAAUAAGUGGUCUACUGGCACAUCUUGUGGGCUAUUACAAGGAUGGAAGUGAUGCCAUAUUAAAAAAGGAGAUGGAAUGGGUUGUAAGUGACACCAUUUCAGUAUUGUUGAGAAGCACAUGUAAAUUUGCAUUCCUUUUGAUAUUGGCAAGAACUGCUGAAGAGUGAAUUUGUGGGGAAAACUGCAAGUGUAGUCAAUGCGCCACCUGGUGGUCACAAUAGCAUCUUUCCUUAAUGCCUCAUUUAAUUGAAUGAGCACAUCAUUGAACCAUGUAACAAAACUGAGUGGUAAUGUGAAAUGCAUUACCAAACCCAUUUGUAAUGCUCUCGUUAGCGCAGAGGAAUUCCUGACUUCUCUGGAUUUUGUUGGACAAAAUGAACAGCAAGAUGCUGACGUGGCUGCAGUCCUUAAACUUGGCAGGAAGCAUCAGACCAAUGUAUCGUGGCAUUUAUCUUACCUUGUUGCACAGAUGGAUGUGUUCAUCUCCGCCAAGUGUUAAAAUGUGUUUAAUGAUUGUGUAUCUGAAAUUUGAGCAAGGAGGCACCAUACACAGAGCUACAAAAUCAAUAAGACAAAUCAGUACUUGUUUGUAUCUAUCACCGUCAGCAGCAAAGAGCAACUCUGCAGCUCUCCAGCGCUUAAACAUAUUGUACAGUUACAUGUCAUCAGUUGCUGACAAGCCAUUACUGUGAUUAAAUGUUACAAUAUAAAAGUAUUAAAAUAUUAUAAAAUAUGUGUUUCAGGAUUAUUAGUGUGGGUGGCCUGACAUUUCCUUCUCUAUUCUGAGAGAUGUGUGUCUUCUAGAGUUUGUCACAAUUCACAUGUCUGUAAUUGAGUUGCAGAGCAACAUCACAUGGAACACCUGGAACAAUCAAAAUGGAAUGUGCUAAUGGAUGAACAGCAUAUUGUCAGUGAUUAGACCAAAACAAAUUCUUGGCAAUUCACAGAACCAACCCCCCCAUCUUCCUGUGAAAUGUUACUUUAAAGAUGAAAUGGACAACAUAACACUGGUCCAUUUAGCACUGAUGUGAAAUCAAUUAAAUCGAUAGAUGAUAAUGAUACAAAUGAAUGAUAAAAAAAACCGAAGAAGAAUUUGCAAGUGGACACACACAAA